AUUGCACGCAUGAAUAUACAUUGUCAAUGUCACCUGUCUAUAAUACUCGAAUGUCUAAAUAUCAUUGCCACGUUCUAAGGUGUUAAAAUAGUUGUUUGCUUAAUAACGCGAUAUGUUCGAUAUGAAUCAGAUAAAAAUAUACACAGUCAUACCCAAAUUCUUAUUUCAUGAUUUUUGAGCUUAUAAGGCAAUGAAAACCCAGACUUUGCUUAUCCGACUUUCCAAAUAAAGGCCUGUUACACGCCCCUUUUUGCCAGUACUUCUACCGAUCGAAGCCCUUCGACGAGCGCAUAUCGAGUUAAAAGACAGAGACAAGUGAACGACUCCCAGACAUUAUCUCCGAUUGCACACCGCCACCAUGCCUACCAAGUACAAGCUGAUCUACUUUAACUUCCGUGCCCGAGCCGAGUGCGCCCGGCUUCUCUUUGCCCAAGCCGGAGUCGAGUACGAAGACUGUCGGCUGACGCAAGACGAGUUCAAAGCCAUAAAAGAGGAUGUAACAAAGGUUCCUCUGGGUCAGCUCCCGGUCUUAGAGAUUGACGAGCAUCCCCCGCUUCCACAGAGCCAUGCCAUUGAGAGGUACCUCGCCAAAAAAUUAGGUCUGUAUGGUAAAGAUGACGGAGAAACUGUGCGCAUCGACGUCGCGUGCGAGAGCAUCCGGGACCUCGUCACCUAUCUCAUGAAGAUCUACUUCGAAAGUGACACAACUAAGAAAGCUGAGUUGGAAAAGUCCUUCAUUGAGAAAGAUUCUGUGACCAUUCUCACCGCCAUGACGAGGGUUCUGGAGAAGCAAAGCGAGCAAGGAAAAGGGUACUUCAUCGGAGAUUCAAUGACCCUUGCCGAUAUUGCCAUCUUCAAUUUCUUUGACGGGCUCUUCAAACACAUGCCUCCGCUGAUUGACAAGUAUCCGACGUUGAGGGCGUUUGAGGACAAAAUGAGGGCGGAACCAAAAAUAGCUGCUUGGCUUGCAAAGAGGCCAGAAACCCAGUUCUAAAGAAGGAAGAGAGAAACGUUCCUAGGAUCCAAGAGGGCUUAACUCGCCGCGAUCUUCAUUAGCGUAUUUUAUUAUCCACUUCGCAGACGUUUUCUGCAACGUUCAGAAUCUAUUGAAAAUGCCCGUCAACACACAAUGGAUAGAUUAGAGGUCAUUGUCGAAUGUUGAUGGACCGGGACAGCACCCAAAAAAAAAAUCGUCUUAAGAUUCGGACUGGACAAAAUAUUGCAAAAAUGUAGUUUGAUUCACUGAUUUUCGACAAAGGCUUCUUUGUUAUAAAGGGCUUUUAACAUAGAUAUACCCCUAUGAAGCAGACGCAGUAGAGAGACUAAUCUCUUUUCUUCAAACUCUGUAUAAUGCACUGUAAAAAAAAAGCAUAGAAGACUAAUCCUGUCCCAUUUAUCUAAUGCACGUUAGCCUCAGUUUGCCUAAUCUCAUUUGUCACCUCACCCCUCAACGAUUUAAAGCCAGGUUUGGUCUUAUACCCACCUCUCUCCCUGUAAUCAUGAGUCUCCCCCUCCUCUCUCUGAAUAUGUAAAAUUAUAAUUACUAGCCUAAGUUACAGCUAGACUAUUAGAUCGUGUAAAUAAAAUCUUUAUUAGUCAAAAAUUGGUAUCUUCAAAAGGAAAACUGAUCUUUCGCAUUUCUUCACUCUAACAACUUCUUUAUGUAGAGAACAAAAACAAUACUUACGUUAAAAAAAAACUAAAUGCAUCUUAUGUAAAUCGUCAAAAGAAUCUGUGAUAAUUGCAAUAUGUAAAGAUAGUGUGUUUUUUUUUUCUUUUAUUAUAUGCUUUCAAUUUUAAAUUUAGUUAACUCUUUCUGUCCCUGGCGUUCCGAUGGUUCAUAUUUCUUAUCUUGUAUUGUUUAUACUGAAAUGUAUUGUAAUUCGUAAUUUUCUUUUCUGAAUAAAAAGUGAUAAUAAUAGAAUAUAUAUUAUUUGACAAUUUCGACUUUACAAAAUUAUUUUAUCAAAUAAAAUGUUCUGUUAAGGGACGUGUCGAGCUGAGUCGGUGUGAAAUUUGUAGAGUGUUAAAUUACGGUGUAUGAUUUCAGAUAAUUGCGAACGAGUAAAGCAAGCUAGCAAUACUGUGAUAAAAAAAAAACAUUUUUUUUUUUGGGGGGGGGAGGGGUCUCAGACAUUUCGUGAAAUAAGCUUAGUACAAGCAAUUUGGUGACGGGUGAUUUCAUGAGAAUUUUGUUUGAAUACAUGGUUAAUUUACACUCUAAAAACACUGAGUAAAAAUUUCUCCUCAAUGUCAUGUUCGACAACGAUUAAUUCUUCUUGAACAUGUGGAAUUAGCAAUGUUUAAUACUAUAUGGUUUAAUCAAGUUGGUCCUAAUUGUCAAAUCUGUAUAAAAAAAAUGAAAUAUUGUAUAAUUCAAACAAGACAUACAAAAUAAAUUGUGAUUGAGGGACAUCAUCAACUGUCUCAUUUGCAUGUCGCUGAGUUGUGCAUAUCACCGUUUUGUGAAAAAUAAGCGAUAAUUUAAAAUGGCAUAACUUUCUUAUUUUACAUCCGAUUUUUGUGAAAUUUUCAGUGUUAUGCUUGUUGGAUUUUUCUUUUUCUAUUUUAAUCCACUUUUGUUGAGGUUGACUUGUCCUUUAAUUAAAAAAAAUCCCUUUAUAAUCCUAAGAUACAGUAAUAAAAAGUGCAUAUUAUCAAGCAUUAUACCAUUCAUGCCGUAUUACUC